GCCCCGGCCGCGCCUUCUCUGCGGGGCCAUAGUCCGGGGCGGGCUCCGCUGCUCAGCCUGGGCGAGCGGUUCUGCUGCUCGCCAGCCCCGCUGCUCGCCAGCCCUUUGCUCCCCCGGCCCCGCGCUCCCCGCGCUCCCGCCGCGGCUCGUCCCCGGCCCCGCGAUGUGCGCGCAGCGGGGCCCGCUCCCGUAGCCCUGCGGCUGGCGGGGCCCCUCGGGAAGUUUGAUGGCUUCUCUGAGGAGAGUCAAAGUCCUGCUGGUGUUGAACCUCAUCGCCGUGGCUGGCUUCGUCCUCUUCCUGGCCAAGUGCAGACCCAUCACGGCCAAGAGUGGAGACUCCUUCCAUGACAUCCAUCCCAGGGCAGAAGUGGCCAACUCGACAGCCCACGGCGGCAGCUCCAUCCAGGAUGCGGUGCUGAAGAGGCUCUCGCUCCUAGAGGACAUAGUCUACAGGCAGCUGAAUGGUCUGUCCAAGUCACUCGGUCUCAUCGAAGGCUAUGGGGGGCGUGGGAAGGGUGGCCUGCCAGCCACCCUAUCCCCUGAGGAGGAGGAGAAGGCAAAGGGACCCCAUGAGAAAUAUGGCUACAACUCCUACCUCAGUGAGAAAAUCUCUCUGGAUCGUUCCAUCCCGGAUUAUCGGCCGACCAAGUGCAAAGAGCUGAAAUAUGGCAAGGACCUGCCCCAGAUCUCCAUCAUCUUCAUCUUCGUGAACGAGGCACUCUCAGUGAUCCUGCGCUCCGUGCACAGCGCUGUCAACCACACCCCGGCUCACCUGCUCAAGGAGAUCAUCCUGGUGGAUGACAACAGUGAUGAAGAGGAGCUGAAGGCGCCGCUGGAGGAGUACGUGAACAAGAGGUACCCGGGGCUGGUGAAGGUCGUGCGCAACCAGAAGAGGGAAGGUCUGAUCCGAGCCCGGAUCGAAGGCUGGAAAGCUGCCACGGGCCAGAUCACGGGAUUUUUUGAUGCCCACGUGGAGUUCACUGCUGGCUGGGCUGAGCCGGUGCUUUCCCGGAUCCAGGAAAACCGGAAGAGGGUCAUCCUGCCCUCCAUAGACAACAUCAAGCAGGACAACUUCGAGGUGCAGCGCUACGAGAACUCUGCCCACGGGUACAGCUGGGAGCUGUGGUGCAUGUACAUCAGCCCCCCCAAGGACUGGUGGGAUGCUGGGGACCCCUCCCUGCCCAUCAGGACUCCAGCCAUGAUCGGCUGCUCCUUCGUGGUGAACAGGAAGUUCUUCGGGGAGAUCGGGCUCCUGGAUCCCGGGAUGGACGUGUACGGAGGGGAGAACAUCGAGCUGGGCAUCAAGGUGUGGCUGUGUGGGGGCAGCAUGGAGGUCCUGCCCUGCUCCAGGGUGGCCCACAUCGAGCGCAAGAAGAAGCCCUACAACAACAACAUCGGGUUCUACACCAAGCGCAACGCGCUGCGCGUGGCCGAGGUGUGGAUGGACGACUACAAGUGGCACGUCUACAUCGCCUGGAACCUGCCCCUGGAGAAUCCAGGGAUUGACAUUGGGGAUGUUUCUGAGAGAAAAGCAUUAAGGAAGAGCCUGAAGUGUAAAAAUUUCCAGUGGUACCUGGACCACGUUUAUCCAGAAAUGAGGAGAUACAACAACACCAUUGCUUAUGGAGAGCUCCGAAACAACAAGGCCAAGGACGUGUGCCUGGACCAGGGCCCUCAGGAGAACCACACAGCAAUCCUGUACCCAUGCCAUGGCUGGGGGCCUCAGCUGGCACGUUACACCAAGGAGGGGUUCCUUCACCUGGGCGCCCUGGGCACCACGACCCUGCUCCCGGACACCCGGUGCCUGGUGGAUAAUGGGAAGAGCCGCUUCCCGCAGCUCCUGGACUGUGAGAAGGUCAAGAGCAGCCUCCACAAGCGCUGGAGUUUCAUCCAGAACGGUGCCAUCCUGAACAAGGGCACGGGGAGGUGCCUGGAAGUGGAGAACAAGGGAAUGGCUGGAAUCGAUCUGAUCCUUCGCAGCUGCACAGGACAAAGGUGGACAAUUAAAAACUUCAUCAAGUAAAGGCUGAAAGAGUCAGGGGAGUGUCACUCCAACCACAGCUGACCUAGACUGAUCCGACGGGACUCCUUUGGAAAGGAUGGAAUAUCAAAACAGAGCUUUAUUCAUAUUAUCAGGAGAGGACAUGGGGGAAAUGGGCAUCGCUGUCUUUCUUUUGUUGUGUUGAAGUCUCCCCCAGCUGAUCCCAGCUGUGUGAAACUGGGGCAGAACUGCUGUUCCCUUCUGCAGAGCACUCGGGAAGGGGCCACUUGUUGCUGCUGGGACGACUGGAAUGAGCUCCUGCAGCCCCGGGAGCGUCGUACUGACAGGGAAUUGUUGCUUUCCCAGACAACUCCAAGCCCUGCCAAAGGGCUGGGUAGGUUCAGGGUCAUCCACCCUGGAUACACCUGCCUGGCAAGGGUGAAAACUUGGAUGCUUGUGAGAGGAAAAUGGUCACCAGGCCCAAAGGAGAGGAGGUUGAAGGAUGUGCUGUUUUGCUGGGUCCUUGCUCUCUUUUCCCUUCCUUGCCCCUGCAUCCAGCAGCCCCUUUCCCAAGUGCUGGAGAAACAAAACAUACCCUUCAUCCCCCAGCUCUUAAUCCCAGAUAUCCUCAAACAAAAUGCCACUGAAUAAACCCACUGAUCUCCCAUUUCCCCCCCUCCCUCACCCAUGUGCUGAGCAGCACCAGUCCCUCCCAUGGAGACCCCAAAUUCCCCUUGGGAACCAUGUGGGAUGUCUGCCUACCCUUUGGGGAUAUCAGGAAUGGUGGUCUCCCUAACUCUGUAGUGGUGUCCUCUUCCCUGUCCUGCCUUCUCUGUGUGUCACCGUGGUCAAGGUCCUCCCCAGACUGUCCUUGUCCCUUCGGACCUUCCCGAGCUCUGGAAGGACCAGAGAGGGAGGGCAAGAGACCAAAAAAAUGGCACUUGGGCUGAAAUUCUUGACCUGCAAGUCACUUCAGGCUUGUUAAUAUGGUGGACUGGUCUCACAAUAAUUUUGGCUGCCAAAUCUUGGCUCCCAAACCCACCCAAUCGUCACGGGAGACCAUUGUUUGGGGCCCUGGUGUCUGGCUCACCUGGAAAAGGGAAACAUGGUCCUGCACAAUUGCUGCCCAUGGAUGGACACAGGCCUUGCCCAGCAGAGAGGAGAAGCCAGCCCUUCUCCUGUCCUUCUCACAGAAUAGUACUCCUUCUGGUUGCCCUCUGGCUAGGGUGCACUAAAAUAUAUUAAUAUAUGAGAUGUAUGUGUAAAUAUGGUUCCCAAAGAUGGGAUGUGCACAGAGUUGUUUGCUGCAGAGCACUCAUGCCUGUCUUCCAUUUGCAUCAGGAUGAAGCUACCUGGAUGUUUAAUGAGUUUAAUUUUCAAUGCCAUGCAGCAGGUUUAUAACUGAUGUUUUAGUAAUUUAUUGAACAGAAGCAGAUAUAUUUCAUUGUUCCUUCUACAGCAACGUAGGACUGAUUGUUCAUUUAGGCUUUACAGGAUUCCCUCAAGCAUUGAGGUUGUCCCUGAUUUUUUUCCCUUGCCUUCCUUAAUGAAGUAAAACCUCUUAGUUGUCCUGAACUGCAAAGUAGGGAGUCAAUGUAGAAUUUUGCUCUCCUUCUUCGCUGUUGCAUCAUCUCUCGUGUAAUAAAUCUCAGCCCUUACCAACCCGAUAUGAUCACAAAUCUUUAGAUGCAUGAUAUGUUUUCCCCCUUCCAUUUGUUGCUGCCUUCUAAGAAAAGCAAUUUGCUGCUGAAGUGGACUCCAGGCAAGUCCGGGGGGUUGGUCAAACUGGUAAAAAGCCCUUUAAUUGAGCAAUCAGUUUGCUGUCAGUCACCAGCGGCAGCCACGUGUCGGUCAGAGGAGGGAAAAGCCUGCAUGUUUCAGGAUAAACAACCAAAAAUGUUGCAGAAUUCCUAGUUCCCACUCCAGCUCGAGUCCUGCCAGUGCCCAGGGCACCAGCAGAUGGGCUUUGUCACAUUUAAUCGUGGUGGGAUGAGGUGCCACCCCCCAGCCCUCCGUCUGUCCCGCUGCUGGCGGCUCCCGCCCUGUCACCGGCAGCACCACUGAAUGUGUGGCUUCCCCUCGGCUCCCAUCCCUGGCAGGAGCUGCUCCAGCUGCCAGGCAGGAGGGACUGGCUGUGUUUAGCUCUCUGGAUCGUCACCACAGCCCCUCUGGGAUGUCCCUGUGUCCAGCAGCCCCUGGCAGAGCAUCUCCCGGCGCCAUCGGUGCCGUCCCUGCGCUCAGGGGGCACAAGACGAGGAUCCUGCUGGUGAUGAGCUCUUUGAUCCUUUAUUAAGGUUCAUAGACGCCUUUCCUUCAUGCUCCAUGUGGAAAACAACCCCCUGACUCUCCACAAGGAAGGGGAAGCUGGAAAUGAUCACUCAGAGCCCCCGCUGAGGUGUUUGCCCCUUGUCGCUGCUGUAAUUGCAGCUUUCAACGACUGAGAAGAAUCAGGAAAAUCAGCACGAGCAAAAUGAGGAAUGAAAGUGAGAAUUUAAUCUGCUGUGUCCGUGUAAGUGAAAUUCUGACACUGGUUUGUGACAUGCAGAGGUGAUUGCUGAGGCCACGGCCCGAGGUCUGCGCCCUCCGAAACCGUAGGAAUCUGUCUUAGAAAUCUGGGUCUAAUUGUUGCAUCUUGGCUUAUCUCUAAUAAUAUGUUAAUUGCUUUAAGAAGUGAUAUCCAAGUGAUUCUUAUUAAAUAUAUGAUUUGA